GGAGUCUGAACCAUGUUGUACUCGUUAUUGGGUACUUCAUCACAAGAGACGAUGGCAGCCAAAACCGCAUUGCUCCUCCGUUUUGGAUCAUCCGCAACUCGUGGGGAGUGGAGUGGGGUGACAUGGGCCACAUGCGCAUCGACAUUCAGGGAGGGGAUGGCGUGUGUGGCAUCAACGUGCUGCCUGGCAUCUACCCAAUCAUCAAGAGUGAGGCAUCUAAACCUUGGGUUUAAAAUUAAUAAUAAUAAUAAUAAUAAUAAUAAUAAUAAUAAUAAUAAUAAUAAUAAUAAUAAAUAAAUAAAUAAAUAAAUAAUUGAAUA